AUGGCUGCCGCACGGCCAGAAGUGGGGGAUAUCCUCCAUGUUGUCCAUGACUUCGUGGCGCGCAGCUCAGACGAAUUGAGCCUAGCCAAGGGCGAUAGAGUCGAGCUGAUUGAGCGAGAUGACGAAUUUGGUGAUGGCUGGUUUCUCGGUCGGCAUAUGGUAACUGGGAAUACCGGCUUGUUCCCGGAAGUGUACACAAGGCCUCCUCCAAAAGGGCCAGCUGUUCCAUCAUCCGCUGUCCAGAAGCCGCCAGUCACAAAGCCCUCUACUAGCUCCAACGGUCCGCCGUCAACCUUCUCCGCAGGCAUCGUCUCUGGCACAGGUCGUUCUCCGAGCGCUGGUACGAAUCAGCUUCCUUCUGUCAACUCGGACCAGCGCUCCAUGAGUAUGCCCUCCAAUUCAAUAAAGCAGGAGAGCGCACCCAGCACGGUGCAGCGUAAUCAGUUGGGCACCACGAGCCACAACCCCGCCGCCCGACCCUCGACUCAGGACAGCCAUGUGUUGCACGAGACUCUGACCGUUAUCGACGAGCAUAUUACAGAUCUCCACUCGACACCGAGCAACAGCAACCUUCAUGCAGCCAAUGACUCAGGCAGCGAGUAUAGUUCGCAAAUGCCCGAGAGAAUGUCUUACAUACAAGGCGAGGAAACUGACGAGGAGGACGAAGAUAUGCAUACACGACAGGAAGUUGUUGCGUGGACACCAGACCAGGUGGCUGAAUACCUCUUCACGGCAGGCGUGGAGAAGCAACACUGUGAGGUCUUUCGCGAUCAAGAGAUCUCUGGCGAAAUAAUAUUGGGCAUGGAUCAAUCCUCGCUAUUUUUGAAGGCUUUCGAUUUGGGGUCGGUGGGUCGAAGGCUGAAGACCUGGCAGAAGAUCAAAAACCUCCAGGACGAGGUCAAUGGGAUCAUUCUCGAUCGAAGGAACUCCCGGACGCAUAGCGACGCGGGUUCAGAGGACUCCAGGAUCAGGAUGCGAAGCCGGACAAAUACAUUGACCAACUCGGUCCAGAGGUUACCGCCGAUCACGGACCGUCCAGGUUCUCGUCGCUAUUCUCAAACGCCAAAGAUGGACCCUGUGUCUCCUCUCACACCGGUUUCGCCUCGUGGACUUGAUGAGAAUUCGAGGUACGCCAACCAUCAGAAGCGACCCUCGGCAGCAUCAAUUCGCGAUCUUCAUCAUUCGCGCCGGCAUUCUUCAACUGGAGGGUACCCGGGAGGCGCGACAGGUAACAACGGAACCCCCAAGCUGAACGCGGCGGGAACAUUCCCACUAGGUGAUGGUGGCCACAAGAAACAACCUUCGUUUGACCGGAACUGGACGAUGGGAAAUGCAUCUGCAUCCUCAGUCUCGGGCCGACCGUUGUCCUCCACGGGCAUGCAUGAUCUCUAUGGUGGCUCUGACCAGGACCCUCGGGAACAGCUUAACGACUUGGAUCGAGGUUAUUUCUCAGGCACCGAAGUUGACAGCAAAAAGCGAAACGUGCUAAAGAAGCGCGACAGUGUGUCGUACGGGCAGCGGUCGAGCUACACUGAGCAACAACGAGCAAGGGCUGCCACCACUUCUGUGAAUAGAAGCUCGAGAUAUGGCAGCAUGGAUGCUAGUCAGCUUGACUCUGUCCCGUCCGCCGCUCAGAAAUAUUUCGGACUAUCUGAUGACCACCGACGAAAUGCCUCCUCGACGACCACCAGCUCAGUGCCACCACGACCGCCGACCAAGGACGGCCCAUCACCCAUUGUCACGAAGCUGGACGGAGCCGAGACACCCAAGAACGACUGGCUCGGGAAGUCCGUUGCGCCGCUCUCGAAUUUCGGCGGUCUACGUGCUAUCUCUGAUUCUGUCACGAGAACUGAUCGCACACGCCUGGCAUCUCCCACAGAGUCGUCCCUAAAGGACUCCCCGCGCUCGAGCACCCCGUCAGCAGGUCCCAGUUUUGAACUUGAUUCGCCUGAGGCGGGCAAGAGCCCACUUUCAAGCGCCACGCCAAGCAGCAGGAAGCCGAUCAAGACAAAGGCAAAGAAGGAGACCAGCGCUUAUACGCGUGGCCUUCAGAAGAUUGGACCGCGUGAAGCCAUCAAGGACGCUGAUUACAGUGGAUGGAUGAAGAAGAAGAGUUCGCACCUCAUGACCACCUGGAAGCCUCGCCUUUUCGUGCUGAGGGGCCGGCGUUUAUCUUACUACUACUCCGAGGACGACACAGAGGAGAAAGGGCUCAUUGACAUCUCAUUCCAUCGGGUACUGCCUGCAGACAACGAGCGUCUUCAGGGCCUGCAUGCCACCUUGACUGGUGCUAGCGCCAACCCCGUCCCUGCCGACAGCAGUCUUGAGACGACGGCCGAUGCUGCUACGGCAACGGCCUUCAUGGAGAAGGGCACAGACUCGAUGUUUAUCUUCAAGCUUGUGCCGCCUCGUGCCGGGCUCAACAAGGGAGUGACUUUUACCAAGCCCAUGGUUCACUACUUCGCCUUGCCGAAUUUGCAGCAAGGUCGCAUGUGGAUGGCGGCACUCAUGAAAGCCACGAUCGACCGCGACGAUACUCAACCAAUGACGUCGACAUACCAGCAAAAGACAAUCUCCCUUGCAAAGGCUCGGCAAAUGAGGCACAGACCCCCUGCGCUGAUGAAUCUUGACGACAAGACUGGAUCUGAUACCACCGGCGAUGGCAGUGAGAAGAAGGAUGAUGCUCUAGGUAUAUCCUAUGGAGAGCUUGAUAGCGCAGUAUCCGGGCUUGAGAAGCUUGGCUUCUCCAAGUUGGAAAGCUUGUCGGCGAAGAAGGCAACUUUUGACAACGAGAAAGGUGAUGGGCUUGAUUCUUCUGCAGUAGGCAACACCCCUCAGAGUGCCUAG